CAAUAACAUAUAGGACAGUUACAUUGGUAUGUGUUGAGUUGUUGACACUUUUUAUUUUGGGAUUUUGGUAUUGGUGAUUUUUGGAAAAUGGUUUCGGUGUGGAGUGGAAUAUUUAGAAAAGCGUGAAUGAUCAAUGAAACAUUGGCACCAUGAAUUACUUAAACGUGGACUCUGCUACGGCAUCGAAAAGUGCAGAUGGUAAAGAUGAAACAAACAAUGAAGACCUCGAAGUGGAUAAUUCGAAGAGUGUGCUGUUCAAGAUAGCAACACUGUAUGCGGAACAGUUGAUGAGUGACUUGGUGCUGGAAGUGGCAGGCGUGGGGUACCCGGCCCACAGGCUUAUAUUGUGCGCCAGCAGUGAAGUGUUUCAGGUAAUGUUAAUGAAUCGUGAAUGGAGCGAGUGGCGUGAGAGCCGCAUAGUGCUGCAGGAGACCCCCACAGCUGCUUCUGUGUUUCCGCACUUUCUCAAAUACUUCUACACGGGGCAGAUCAAGAUCUCGCAUCAGACUGUGCUGCCUGUGCUUUCGCUUGCUGACAAAUACAAUGUUAAAGAUCUAGUCACACUAUGCCUGGGCUACAUGUCACAGCACAUUCCUCAGGCAGCGAGACGAGGCCACCUCAUUGCUUGGAUGCAGUAUACCAUGGCAUGUGGACACGAUGAUGUUGCUAAGGCGUGCCAGAACUACGUGAAAUGGAACCUCGAGUGUAUCCACGACAGCGAGCUGGCGGAGCUGGAGGACGACACGCUUCUGCUGCUGCUGCAGCACAGCGACCUCGUGCUGCACAACGAGAUGACGCUCUACCAUUUCGUGGUUCGUUGGCUCAACAAACAACGCAAGAGGUUAAACACGAGUGAACUAAGCGAAAACGAACUCAAGAUGCACUGGGACUCGCUAGUUACUACUGUGUUCUCUCAUGUCAGAUUUCCUAUGAUGUGUCCCAAUCAACUAGCGAAGUUGUUGCUAUGUCCGUUGACGCAGGAACACAAAGAGUUCUUUAUGGAGAGAAUGGCGGUAGCCAUGAGUUAUCAGUCAGGUCAAUAUGAAAGGAUAAAAGAGAUCCAGCAAACGGAAGCCGGUCGGAUGCUCUUCACCCCCCGGCUUUACACGGAAGAUACGUGGGGCACGGUGCUCGCGGUGGACAAUUUCCACUCCCUGCCGUGCUACCACACUAGGACCUUCAUCUUUUCCACCAAACCCUCGAUCGCGGAUGUGGCCACGGACAAACUGACCGAGUGGACUGUGGACCUGUAUCCCAAAGGGGUUUGGUUUAGGAAAAGCAUGCUCAUUGUAUGGGCUGGAACUUAUGAUGUUCCCGAAGUGGUCCUGCGCACGGUGCGGAUAUCUAUCACGUGCCAGAACUGUCCGGAGCAGGGCGACGAGGACCGCGACUACAACGACUACUACGAGCCGGACGUCCGGGUCAAGAUAGGCAUCCUGUUGUGGGGCGUGCAGGACGGAGUGGAGCACGUCACCUCCGUCGUAGAGAGAGUGCAUCGCUUCUCCGCCCAGAACAGAGUGCUGAAUAUAGACGGCGCACUAGACUUUGACGAGCUAAAUACCCCGCUGUACACGCCGGCCGCAUCCGAGCUCUCCACGUCCACCGCCGGCUCGCCCGGCGCCAAGGGGAGCGGACGCUGUCCAAAGUGCUCGGAUAGCUACGAAGCGCCUGAGACGAGGCAUCUUUUUGGACCCCUUCGUGAUCAAUUACGGAUACAAGUAGUGAUAGUACCUCUAAACGACUUUUGCCACGUCGGCGUUCCCGACGCGCGCGUGUGACCACUCACCACGUGCAGGACUGACUGACUGUGGAGUACUGACUAACUGACUGGAGAGGCUAAGAUUUCGCGUUUUUGGCGUUGUGCGUCCAAACGACUUGAACUCCUGUCAUGUAACUGGACCUAAGGCUGUAAUCUAUAGGGCGCACUUAGACUUAAAACAGAGUUUUUUAAUGUUUGUCCUAUAUUUCUUCUGACAUGAUGUUGGACACUUUUGAUAACUGACAUGGCUUAAUUUUUUUUCAUUGUCUUGCUCUCUUCGACAAGAAAAUGUGACAGACUAUCUUUGCAUAAAGCUGUCUCUAUUCAACUCCGUCUUAACUGUGGGCUAAGUCAAUGUACGCUAUAGAUCUCAGACUAAGGCUGAAAUCUAUAGUGCGCACUUUGACUUUGCUUAGAUUUAAGUUUCAGUUAAAACGAGACAGAUUUAUGCCAGCGAUAUAACGCUGUCUCGUUUUAACAGUGUCUUAAGUAUGAGCAAAGUCAAAGUACGCUAUAGAUCUCAGACUAAGAAUCCUAAGGUUAUCUUAAAGAUAGUUAUUGAUGCUUGACUUCAAAAUAAAAACAUUUAUUGUGUUGUUUUGAAUUUGAGGUGUUAAAGCUUUGUUGUAUUGAAUGUUGUAAGUAUUGUUUCAUUUAUCUUAAAGUUAGGUUUGGUUUGUUUACUAUCACCCUACGAUAUCUAAAGAAAUGUAACUCUCAUACAUUGGUACUGAUUCUGAUCCCAACUAAAAGAGUAACUAGUGGGAACACUGCCGAUGGGAGUUGAUCUUUUAAUGCACUCUACUUUUUAAACAAUUAGGUUCAUGAGUGCCACGAGGUUUGACAGUUCUAAAUUAAAUUAUGUUUGUCUGUCCUUUUCAUAAUACAUUAGUAAGAAGAGGAUGCGAAUGUUCUAAUAUUUAGUUGUGUUCAGAAUAAGUACCAA